GCCCAGCCCGGAGCCAGCGAGCGAGCAAGGCGGCGCCGCGUGGUAAGACCCAGGACCCGGACCUCUCAAUAUUUGCUUAUAAAUGCAUCACGAAGAGGCAGCCCAGAAUGAAGAAAGCAAGCAGGAGUGUUGGCUCAGUGCCUAAAGUGUCUGCAAUAAGUAAAACACAAACAGCAGAAAAAAGCAAACCUGAGAACAACUCUUCAGCACCUACAGGAAGCAAGCUUGUAAAACCUGGAACAGCAGCACCGUUGUCGAAGACAAAGAGCAGUGAUGACCUGUUAGCGGGAAUGGCUGGGGGGGUAACAGUGGCGAAUGGUGUUAAAGGAAAGAAAAGCUCCUGCCCGUCUGCAGUGCCCUCAGCACCCGCCCCUGCCAUGACCACCGUGGAGACCGCACAAGUUCUUCAGCCAAGCGGAGCACUUCUGCAGGUAAUAAAGAAUCCAGUUCUACUAGAGAAAGAUUGCGUGAACGUACCCGACUAAACCAGAGCAAAAAACUACCUUCUGCAGGUCAGGGAGCUAAUGACGUGGCACUGGCUAAGCGUUCCCGCAGUCGCACUGCCACGGAAUGCGACGUUCGUAUGAGCAAGUCUAAAUCGGACAAUCAGAUCAGUGACAAAGCUGCUUUGGAAGCCAAAGUGAAAGAUCUCCUCACACUGGCAAAAACCAAAGAUGUGGAAAUUUUACACUUGAGAAACGAACUCCGAGACAUGCGUGCUCAGCUGGGCAUUAGUGAGGAUCAUUUGGAGGGCGAUGAGAAGUCCGAGGAGAAGGAACCCAUUAUAGCUCACCAGCCCACUGAUGUCGAGUCCACGUUACUGCAGUUACAGGAGCAGAAUACUGCCAUCCGUGAAGAGCUCAACCAGCUGAAAAACGAAAACAGAAUGUUAAAGGACAGGUUGAACGCGUUGGGCUUUUCCCUGGAACAGAGGUUAGACAAUUCUGAAAAGCUGUUCGGUUAUCAGUCCCUGAGCCCAGAAAUCGCUGCUGGUAACCAGAGCGAUGGAGGAGGGACUCUGACUUCUUCCGUGGAAGGCUCUGCCCCGGGCUCAGUGGAGGACCUCUUGAGUCAGGAUGAGAACACCCUGAUGGCCCAUCAGCACAGCAACUCCAUGGACAACUUAGACAGCGAGUGCAGUGAGGUGUACCAGCCUCUCACGUCGAGCGACGAUGCUUUGGACGCACCGUCGUCUUCAGAGUCGGAGGGCGUCCCGAGCAUAGAACGCUCUCGGAAGGGCAGCAGUGGGAACGCAAGCGAAGUGUCUGUCGCCUGCUUGACAGAGCGGAUACACCAGAUGGAAGAGAACCAACACAGUACGAGCGAGGAACUCCAGGCCACUCUGCAAGAGCUAGCGGAUUUACAGCAGAUUACCCAAGAACUCAACAGUGAAAAUGAGAGGCUCGGAGAGGAGAAGGUUAUUCUCAUGGAGUCUCUGUGCCAGCAAAGCGAUAAGCUCGAACACUUUAGCCGGCAGAUCGAGUAUUUCCGCUCCCUCUUAGACGAGCACCACAUCUCUUACGUCAUAGACGAAGAUGUAAAAAGUGGGCGCUACAUGGAGUUAGAGCAGCGGUACAUGGACCUCGCUGAGAAUGCGCGUUUCGAACGAGAGCAGCUUCUUGGCGUCCAGCAGCAUUUAAGCAAUACUUUGAAAAUGGCAGAACAGGACAACAAAGAAGCCCAGGAGAUGAUAGGGGCGCUCAAAGAGCGCAGUCACCACAUGGAGCGAAUUAUUGAGUCUGAGCAGAAGGGAAAAGCAGCCUUGGCAGCUACUCUGGAGGAGUACAAAGCCACAGUGGCCAGUGACCAGAUCGAGAUGAACCGCCUGAAGGCCCAGCUGGAGAACGAAAAGCAGAAAGUGGCCGAGCUGUACUCUAUCCAUAACUCUGGGGAUAAGUCUGACAUCCAGGACCUCCUGGAGAGCGUCAGAUUGGACAAGGAGAAAGCAGAGACGUUGGCCAGUAGCCUGCAGGAAGACCUGGCUCACACCCGGAACGAUGCCAAUCGGCUGCAGGACACCAUUGCCAAGGUAGAAGAUGAAUACCGAGUCUUCCAAGAAGAAGCUAAGAAACAAAUCGAAGAUUUGAAUAUGACAUUAGAAAAGUUAAGAUCAGAGCUAGAAGAAAAGGAGACAGAAAGGAGUGACAUGAAGGAGACCAUCUUCGAGCUUGAAGAUGAAGUAGAGCAACAUCGAGCUGUGAAACUCCAUGACAACCUCAUUAUUUCCGACCUAGAGAAUACGGUUAAAAAGCUACAGGACCAAAAACAUGACAUGGAAAGAGAAAUCAAGACACUCCACAGGAGACUUCGGGAAGAAUCUGCAGAGUGGCGGCAGUUUCAAGCUGACCUCCAGACUGCUGUGGUCAUUGCAAAUGACAUUAAAUCGGAAGCCCAAGAGGAGAUUGGGGAUCUGAAGCGCCGGUUACAUGAGGCUCAAGAAAAAAAUGAGAAACUCACAAAAGAAUUGGAGGAAAUAAAGUCACGCAAGCAAGAGGAAGAGCGCGGCCGGGUGUACAACUACAUGAAUGCCGUUGAGAGGGAUCUGGCGGCCUUAAGGCAAGGGAUGGGGCUGAGCAGAAGGUCCUCGACGUCCUCAGAGCCAACCCCUACUGUGAAGACCCUCAUCAAGUCUUUCGACAGUGCAUCUCAAGUACCAAGCCCCGCUGCAGCUGCAAUUCCUCGCACACCUCUGAGUCCCAGUCCUAUGAAAACCCCGCCUGCAGCAGCUGUGUCUCCUAUGCAGAGACAUUCCAUAAGUGGACCUAUCACAGCCUCCAAACCCCUGACCGCCCUAUCAGACAAGAGACCAAACUAUGGGGAAAUCCCUGUUCAAGAGCAUCUGCUAAGAACGUCCUCAGCCAGCCGGCCUGCUUCCCUGCCCAGAGUACCUGCCAUGGAGAGCGCCAAAGCCAUUUCAGUGUCUCGACGAAGUAGUGAAGAAAUGAAACGGGAGAUCUCUGCCUCGGAGGGAGCGUCGCCGGCCUCUCUGAUGGCGAUGGGGACCACAUCGCCACAGCUUUCCCUGUCCUCCUCCCCCACAGCGUCUGUGACACCCACCACCCGCAGCCGGAUACGGGAAGAAAGGAAGGACCCUCUCUCAGCAUUGGCAAGAGAAUAUGGAGGAUCAAAGAGGAACGCCUUGCUGAAGUGGUGUCAGAAGAAAACGGAAGGCUAUCAGAACAUCGACAUCACGAACUUCAGCAGCAGCUGGAAUGACGGGCUCGCCUUCUGCGCGCUCCUGCAUACGUACCUUCCGGCCCACAUCCCCUACCAGGAGCUGAACAGCCAGGACAAGAGAAGGAACUUCACGCUGGCCUUCCAGGCGGCUGAGAGCGUCGGCAUCAAAUCCACGCUGGACAUCGGCGAGAUGGUGCGGACGGAGCGGCCGGACUGGCAGAACGUGAUGCUGUACGUGACAGCCGUCUACAAGUACUUCGAGACCUGAGCACGCGGGCCGCCCCAACAGCCCGGGGACCUGGACCCGGAGCGGUUCCUGGGCGACACCGACGCCAUUAGCUACGCGCCCCGUAAAGCUUCGAGCACCUCUGGGCUGCCCCACAGAGUGCGACCCUCCAGCCUGUGGCCGCGGCUCAGGCCAGGGCUCCUCCCACAUGACCUGCCCACUCCGAGGUCAUCUGGGCUUGGCACACGUCGGGGCGGGCUGGUUGGCGGCCAGUUUUUCUUCGGAAGAGAAUAUCGAGCUGUAUUAGUUACAUUACACUGCCCCAGGGUGUGGAAAAACGAGACCUGAACUAAACUUGGGGAGAGGGGAGUACGUGCCGUGGGACGCUCCCGGGGUGUGGGAGCUGCAGCC